UUCGUCACCUUGGUUCAAAAUAAUUUUGGGUAUCCUAUGAAAAGAUACAUCUAGAGGAACAUUUCGUUUACUGCAGGGCUUGUUUCCGCAUCCUUUUAUACCGCAGACGACCAUGAUAACCGAUCAACUGCUAGCAAGCUUCUGUAACCACUGCUUUAAUAGGGUAAACAAUAAAGCAGCGCGCAAAAACUGAUGACGUCACGUGAAAACCACCCAUAACCAUCUGUGUCCGUGCCGCUUUGCGUGUGACGUCAUGAUCAGGGAGGGAGUAUUUCUACAAACGGUGUACACUACUUCAUGUACCAAUAAAAAUAAAUUGCUGUUGACAGAAUACUUCUAAAAUUAUCCAAAGAGAUUACAUAUUUCUAUAAUAUUUUUUCAAAAUUUUUUUCCAAAUGCCCGAGACUACUUUGACCUAAUUUUCUAGAGUUGAACAUAGCAACAAUGGCAACAAGCCACGGUUUGUCCUCAUACAUCACUUCUUGUGUUAAAAAUCCGCUAGAUCCUAAAACAGGAUUGAUUAAAACAUUCCCGGAACGUUGUUCUGGGCUUUGUGGACUGGUUGCGACGGAUACAGCUUUAUCAGCAGUGAAUGGUGAGUGUUUCGACGAUAAUCAAGGUGAAUUCUUCGGUCGCACGACACUUCCACUUAAGUCGCUUGGUGUUGAAAAUGAGCUCGAUUAUCUGUCUGAUGAGCAGUUCUACGAAAAACUACAGGAGCUAAAGAAGGCCAACUGCAAAACUUUGGAAGAGUGUGAAAAACUCUAUAGCGAGAAGUACGGGAAUAGGACAGCGAGAGCAAAAGAAAUGGUUGAACAUAUGUUUGCCGCUCGACUGGCUGAUCGGUCGGUUCAUGCCAGAUCAGCUGCGACAGCAGAAGACCACAUAGACAGUCGGAUGAAUAGCUACAUGCACAUUCUGGGAGAUAGCGUGAAAGACAUGUCCGCUAAACCGCCACUUGCGCCUGGUGCUUUGGCAAAACGUGCUUCAUUAGCACAAACCAUGCCAACGCGUAGCAACUGUUUUCCAACAAACAGUACAACAGGCUAUAGACCACGCCCCAGAUCAGCCCCUUCCUUAACUUACCUAGACCGCGAAUAUUGCAGCCUUGAUGAAGAAGACUGGCGAAGAGCUGUCUCAGAUGAUGGUGAUUAUGAAGAUGAGGAUGCCCAAUGGGAAGUCAAACACAUGGAUGGGGAGUUAAAGUCUCCAGUUUCUAGAAUACAUGACAUGUGGCAGGACUUUAGAAUAGAUGAUUACUUACCUAAAGAAAAACAACACUCUGGUGCUUUUGUGGCAAAUAAAAAAGAAAAGCAAAACAAAAAUGCAACAGAAGAGUGGCGACAUAGAAUUACUGUACCAAAGCCUUUUCAGAUGUCUUUGCGUGAGGAAACAAAGACUAAGAAAAAGACCAAAUCUCAGAUAGAGUUGGAAGAAAAACGUUUGCAGAAACUGCAGGAAGAUGAGGCAGAAUGUCAGAAGAAAUUCAAAGCUCAGCCAGCCCCUGCUCAUAUUUACCUCCCUCUUUAUGAUGACAUUCGAGAAAAGAAUGAAGCCAGGAGACAUUACGUCAAACAAUAUUGCAAGGAGAUGCUGAAGUCUAUGGAAAAGCCUUUUAACUUUAUGAAACGAGAAGAAGUAAGAAAGGCUUAUGGAAUUGAGUCUGCAAGAACAGCUAAGAAAAAACCUAUCAUGAAGGUGGCAAAGAAACCAAAAUUUGUUGCAAAACCUGUACCACAAUUUGUGUUUGAUGAUACAUUAAAAAAUAAACACUUAGAAGAUGAAGAAUAUCGCAAAAUCCGCAUCAAAAUGCGAGCUGAAGAAAUGUUACAAGCAUCUUCCUUGCCUCCUAGUAUGAUAGUUCAGAAGAAGGUUAGAGAAAAAAAAGAGCUUGUGAAAGCUAAGCGAGAGGAGAAAGGGAGCCAAACUAGAAGGAUUUAUAAAGUUCCUAACUAUGAUUUCCUUUACCAGAACUUUCAGAAAGAACUAGCUCAACGCAGAAAAGAAAGGGAAGGAACUGUGGUUAAACCAUUCACUUUGGAAACAGAGAAACUGAGAUCUAAACGUAUUUUGCAAAAUGCUGAAGACAAGAUGCUGACAGAAAACCAGUGGUCAUUCCAAAGUAGUGGCACUAAUCCACAUUCAAAUCUGGCAGGUGCAUCGUCCUCAUCUUUGGAUUCCAUCCCCUGUCGGACAACAACAUCAACAGAACUUCGUGCUUAUUUGCUGAAGUCUAAGAAAAAUCGAGAAGCAAGGUUAAUGGAGACAAAACAAGAAGAAGAACGAAGACAGAAGAUGCGUGAAUUGAAGCUUCGCAAGUAUAUUGCUGAAUAUGGCACACCGCACAUGGAGUCUAUCAGCAACUACCAGAAAAAGCACAAACAAGCAGAUCAUGAACAAAAGGAACGAUAUGACAAGUACCUUGAAGAGAUGCAGAAGAGGGUGGAGAAACGUCCCUUGCUUUUUGAAAAGGAGACCCAGAUCAGUGCUGAAAAGGCAGCUGAAAAGAAGUUUAAGUCAACCCUCAGAAGCGCAGGAAUUGAUGAGGAAUUCCUGCAGAGCCAAAAUAUUCAUGUGUCAACAGGAAAAGACAGGGAGUGAUCAACUGACAAAAAAGAGACCAAUAGAUCUUUUGCCAAGGUUAUAGAAGAACAAGCAGCAGUAUAAUCUAGAAAUUAUAAUGCAGUUAUGACCAAGAGUUCUUUUUUGAUGCCUAACAUUUAUUUUUGAAGGGAACAAGAUUUUGCUGAUGUGUUUACAUAUUCUGUAGAAAGCAAAAUGUAAACUGUUGUUUGCAAAAGAAUGUUAAGAUUACUACUUUUUAACCUGCUUAGAUGUCUCCUCCCUGAAAAAAUGUGCCAGAAAUACUUUUUCAACAAAAAAAGGUAUUGUUAUGUCUAACAGAAAUAUCUAAAUAUAAAAAGUACCAAACUUGAGCAUAAGUAAAGUGGGGAAAAAACCUAAUAGUAAUAAACAUAGUUAUAUAACACAUUUCCUCAUUGUAGAGUAUAUUCUGUGUGCUUUACACAAUUAAAAAUAAAUGUCACUUACAACUCUACAGCUAUGUUCAGACUAGAUCAAAACACCAACAAAAAUUGUGAAUUUAAGAAAUGUAAUAUUAGAAAAAUAGUCAAACAAAAUGGUUGACCUAAUUCACCAUACAUUAACAUUUUGAUAACUGUAAGGAUUGUGUGCAUAUAAUUUUAAUUAUUUUGACAAAUUUAGGGGUAAAAUAAUGUGCAGAUUUCAAAAAUGUUAAUUUGAAACUGGUAUUCCACACAGAUUUUGAGAUACAGCAUGGGGACAAAUGUGUCCCUAUGGUUGAUAAGGGAAAGGUAUUGUAAAUAAGGUGAGGUAUGGGUUUUGUCAAUAUAAUGAAAUGUACUAUUGUUAUAAACAUCAGAAAUGAUAUGACACUGUGAUUAGAACAAAGAUACAUCUUUUAUGCAUGUAAUGUAAUUUAUAAAUGAUACUUCUCAAAGCAGUUGCAUGAUGUUGUGUAGCACAAGUGAACAUAGCAUAAAUCACACAUCUUGUCAGUCCUGCUUUUAAUUUUGUCAUUUGUACAUUUAACACACCUCUUGAGUUUUUCUUCUUUGACUAACUUAAUAUGCUCAGGUCGUGGGAUUGGCAUGAUCUUUUUGCUGCUUCUAACAGGUCCUAAUGGAAUACUUCUCUUCCUGUUUGUGUUAUUUCCAUAGGGCUCUUGCUAUCAUUGACUGUACUCAAGCUGUGAUAUCUCCUAUUAUUCAGGAUUGAAUUCCUGAUUCGUCUACGUAUAAGUACAGUGAACGUUGUUCACUGCUAUGUCCAACAAAUUGAAAAAUAUUCGAAAGUAGUUCUUCACCUUUGACUUUUGAUCAACUUCAUAUGUAAUCUUUUCCUGAUUCAUGAGAUUGAUGCCACCCAUAAAUUUGUUGUAGGCAGCAACAAUUUCAGGACAAGGCACAACAGAUCUGUUGUCCAUCCACUUGACACUCCCUCUCCAAGUCCAUAUUCAGUUUCAGUUUUCUUCUCUGUGUACUAUAGUAGAAUUGAUACAGGUAAUUUUGAAUUGCAUAUCUGCACCACAUCAUGAAUUCCCAUUUUAGUGGUUUGUCAUGGAUGUUUUGGAAGUGUGUAAUACAUCCAUACAACAAUUAAAGUGCCUUAGUCUCACAGGGUUGCCAUCGCAAUGUUCAAUACACCUGUAAACAUGACCCCUGACGUCUUGUCACUGAGCUGACGGUGCCACGUCUUGCUGAGGUUCACUUUACUACCAGUUUUUUUAUCUCAGCUUUUAUACUUUUAGCAAAGUGCCAUUCCUCGUUAAUGUGUGUAACAUCUUUAUUUCUCGCUAACUCAUUAAUUGCCACAUUACGGUCGUGAACAUGCUCUUGAAUGAUGACAUCUAACGCAUUCAUAUUUUCAUACAUCCUCUCGCACCGGCCACUGUUUCGUGCCGCUGGGUGCACACGUCAUCCUCUUUGGUGAUGUGCUGAAGAUUUAGAACCUUUUGGGUCGACACUGCCAAAGUAACAUCAUCAGUGUGAUAUGAAGUUCUUUGACAUGCGUGCCUUGCAUCUGUCAUCACACUAUAUAGUCCUGUUGAUCAGAGGAGACUGUUCUGCUUGAAGUGAAACCGCGACAGACUGCAUGGCGGUUCAUGAAGUCAACGACUGCAGAUCUACAGAAUAACUGUCACCUAGAGGAGACUAGUUCCACACAAUAUUAUGUCUGUUAGGACAGCCAAAGAUGAUCAGCACAGGCCCCUCCAUUUUUUGAUAUCUUCAUCGCGUGUAAUAGUCAGCACCGUGUACUCCUAUCUUCCCUCGCACAGGCGAAACCAUUGAAAAAAUAAACAAACAAACAAAAAAACCGCCCACAAAAAGUUUUAUUUGAAAAAGUUUGCUAUUUUUAAUCUGCCUGUAGAUCUCCACCUAUUAUGUUACUUUCAGGUAAAGGCAGUUGUCAUCACCUUAUCCACGGAUCGAAUUUAUGCACGCCUAAAAAAAAAAAAAGACCAUUGAAGCACCUAAGCUAUAAACUAGGAAUGCUAUUAGUGAGCAUUAAUUAAUCACUGCUGUGAUACAUGGUCACUGUCAAGAGUAAUGCAUGAUUAAUAAAUAAUGUGUUUUA